CGUGCUAUACACACGUGCGACUUCAAAACAUAGUUCAGCCCUGUGUUACUGUUCAGUCGAGGUUUAGGGUUUUAUUCGUUCGGUAACAGACGUCACCCUCACAUCUUCAUCGCUGGUAUCUUAACGUUGAGUGUAAUGGAUUCGGAUACUGAGGACAGAAUGUCCAAAUUGCCCAAGAAGGAGAAACACAAGAAGAGCAAGAAGAAAAAGGAUGUUCCACCUCAAACUGAUCAAAUUGAGGUGGAUGUCGAGGUUGUCCAUGAGCACCCCAAUAAAACCCCUCCUGUUGUUGGUUAUUUCCCUUCCGGCUUUGAUCCACUCAAGGAUCAUGGUGGUGCCCCCGAUUUUCAAGUUUACCGGCACCGGAACCUGCCCAAGAGGAUGCAGCUUGUGGUUAGCCCUGCCGGUUCUGCGGUGGAAUUCGUCGGAACCAGUUAUGCUGGCGAGGCUACGGCCGGACACCGGGCCAUGUAUGCGAUUGGGGUUCUUGACAAGGAAGCUCAGACCCUGAAGAUUGUGCCUAUUGCUGGUAAUAAGAUAUUCAGAUUGGAGCCAAAGGUUAAAGGUAUGGGAGCUGCUGACAGUGAGCCUGCUCAUUCGACGUUGGAAGAGAUGACUCCACAGCAGAAGUUAGCAGAGACUACUGCUAUAUGGGGAACAAAGAGGGAUAUGGAGAAGGUAUCUUCUGACUCAUAUUUAACCCUUUUGCUAGUUGUGCUAUCAUCAGCUACAGAACCUGAAUUCAAGGUGAAAAGUCUUAAAGGGGAUGGUUUGUGGGAAUACGUUAACAUAAAAUCUCUUAAUUUGUUUACCCCAUUUGCUUUGGGUAAGCUUGGAAGGGAAGGUGGCCAGUGGGAAAUUGGUUGGGGAGCAAAGCUCUAUUUUUUAUGUUUACAGGAUGAGUCGGAAAAGAGGAAGCUUUCCUGCAUGUUCUCAUACAUCAAUCAUCUUAUAAAGUUCAAAGAUCAGUUUUCUUUUAACGCUUCCUCUGCCAAGACCCAUAAAAUCCCCAACAUUCUGCGUCAUAAAUUUUCAACCAUGUUUGCUGUUUCUGAAUCAAAAAGGCUUCCCCCUGAAAAGAUUAGUCUUCUCAUUUGUUAUGUCUUGGUGCUUACGCUUUUCUCUGACGAGUUCCGAACUGACUACACAGAUAUAGCAAAGGAUCUGAGCAUGAGCGCGAUGUCUGUGAGACAACUCUAUGAGCAAUUGGGUUGCAAAAUUUCCCGCCAGAGUAACUGCUUCUUUGCCACGCUUCCUGUCCCUCUUAAAUUUCCUGAUUUAAGGCUUAGGAAGCGGAAAAGGUAGAAGAUGGAUCACCUUUUGAGUCCUUUUUGGGGGUCAUUUACUUGUCUGUCAGUCUCUUUGGUGCAGUGAUGUCAAAAAUUGCUAUCUAACACCUCCUGAUAGGAUAUUUGUUAUUAUUUUGUAUUUGCAUACUUUUGAUCCGUGUUUGCUGUAUUGGUAUUUUAAGAAGUGAUUUUGAAAUUAGCAUACUCAAAUUAUUCUGAUAAAAGAUUAUUUAGUUCUUCACUGCUGUUGAA